AUGGACGUCUCCGGCUGUCUGACCCUGAAAGAUCUGGGCACCUCCAGGAGGAGUAAAGGGGAGCACGACAGGGACGACAGGACUGCACACAAGGAGAAUAUGUAUGACCGAUUCAGAAUAAGCCCAAGGAUACCACUAAAAGGAGAGCCCAUUGAUCUGUCAAAACAAAAGGGUCUUACCCCAGAGAAAUUUCCCAUCACCCCUGUGAAAGCAGCUGACAGACCUCUCGCAGACCCAUGGACACCCACCGCCAACCUAAAGAUGCUUAUCAGCGUUGCAAGUCCAGAAAUCAGGGAUCGGGAAAAGAAGAAGGAACUCUUCCGUCCAAUAGAAAACAAUGAGCCAGAGGACAAUGAGCCCGAUGCCCAACAGUUUGAGGCAGUGGAUGACAUUGAUGAUUUGGAGAAGAGACCGAGCAGGAAACAAAAGAGUCUAGGCCUUCUGUGUCAAAAAUUUUUGGCUCGAUAUCCUAGCUACCCACUUUCAACAGAGAAAACUACUAUCUCUUUGGAUGAAGCUGCUUCAAGCCUUGGAGUGGAGAGGAGACGGAUCUAUGACAUCGUAAAUGUCUUGGAGUCGCUGCACUUGGUGAGCCGUGUGGCAAAGAAUCAAUACUGCUGGCAUGGACAGCACAACCUAAAUGACACCUUAAAAAGCCUUCAGUGGGAGGGGGAAAGGCAGAAUUACGGAGCACAGAUUGCCACCUUCCAGCACAAGGAUUUCAUGGUGGAGCCGAAGAAGCACUGUUCCUUGAUAAACCAGGGUGCCCUUUCAUUACAGUUUUCUGAAGCAGACUGCCCAUCUGCAUCAGCCAGCAGUCGCAAGGAUAAAUCACUGCGGAUUAUGAGCCAGAAGUUUGUCAUGCUGUUCCUUGUAUCAACCACCAAGAUUAUCACUCUGGAGAUAGCAGCCAAAAUCCUCAUUGAAGAAAGUCAAGAUGUUUCUGAUCACAGCAAGUUUAAAACCAAGGUACGACGUCUUUAUGACAUAGCUAAUGUCCUAACCAGUCUUGGGCUGAUUAAGAAAGUCCAUGUAACAGAAGAGCGUGGAAGAAAACCUGCAUUCAAAUGGAUUGGCCCUACUGAAUUCAGGACAGAAGACCAAAAGAUGGAAGUCACAACUACUACUCCAUCGCCAGAUUCUAAAAGAAAAGGCUGUAUUGCCACAGCUAAUGGCAGCAAGCAGCGACUGCUACGUCAUUCCUCAUUUCACCACAUUCAGGCUAUUAAUACUGUGAAAAGGAAGGUUUGCUCUGAGCCCAGUAGCCCUCACAAGUCUCAGAAAGUGGAUAGUGUUGAUACUUAUUCAUCCAAGAUGGCACAUUUAGCAGCGAUUUGUAGACAGCAGAUCGAAGAAGACUGCAAGCUUUCCAAUGGAAACCUUGGUCCUGUGCCAUUCUCGGUUGUUGUGCCUGUACCUGUGGAUUCUGAGUACAGUGUUAGGCACCGUCUUGACCAGGAGAGCUCCAUUUCUCAGAAUGAUAUGAGUUCGCUAAAGUUUGUAAACCCCUCUAACCUGGACCAGAGUUGUCAUGGAUUUCUACAUAACCAGCCAUACAUGUAUGUUCCAUCCACAUCUGUAUUAAUGCUCUGUGGCAAUCCUCCUGGGGGAAAAGGUUUGGAUAUACAUCACAGAAAAGAUCGUACAUCUCCAAUUUCAGAUCUGGGGAACAUGUCUGAAAGCAACCAACCAGCCAAAAUACAAAGGACUGACAGUAAUGAUGAGCCCCCCUCUUUCUUUGGUCAUGCCAAAAGUAGGUAUAACCACAGUUCUGUGAGCUUCCUGUAA